GUUGUAUUUGCAUUGCUACUUUGUUGGUCGCCAGCACCAAGUGUUCUAUAUCACAUAUAUACAAAUUAGUAAACAGCAGAAAAACUCAGGAAAUAUACUCAUUAUCCUGCCAGCACAUAAUAAACCAAUUAAAAUGGGUGAUAGCAAAAUCUGUGACAUCAGCGAUGACGUACGUGACGCAUUAAAGAAGUUUCGCUUCCGUAAAAGUACGACAAACUCCGCACUGAUAUUAAAAGUCGAUCGCGAGAAGCAACUUGUUAUUUUGGAUGAACUCUUGGAGGAUAUAUCCGUUGAUGAAUUGCAAGAAACACUGCCAGGCCAUCAGCCGCGUUAUAUCAUAUAUACAUAUAAAAUGUUACAUGAUGACCAAAGAAUUUCAUAUCCAAUGUGUUUCAUAUUUUACACACCGCGUGAUAGCCAGAUCGAGCUACAAAUGAUGUAUGCCUGCACCAAAAGUGCACUCCAACGUGAGGUGGACUUAACGCGUGUCUAUGAAAUACGCGAAUUAGAUGAACUCACUGAAGAAUGGCUCAGGGAAAAACUCAAGUAGAGUGUAGGCAACGGUGUUUAUAAACAUAAAAACAUAAAAAAAUGAUAAGCAAUAUUGUGUAUAUGUGCGUUGGUGUACAUAAUGUGCAUGGACUUACCCAAAAAUACCAACGAUUUUACACCAAAUAUAUACAUACAUACAUACAUAUGUCUAAAGUUACAAAGGAUAUGCAACAAACAGCAUACUGAUAACACGCCCAGCAGUAAAUGCAGUAAAUACUUUUAAGUACAGGUAUUUUUUUUUUCAAUAUUCCUAACAUAGAAAUACCAAAAACGCCAAAUACUUAAAAAUAUUCCAAACUAAAUGUAAAGUAUAAAUUAAAUAUUGCAUUCCAAAAGUUUUUU